AUGAGGAGAUAUUUGGAUAUGAGAUGGAUUCCUUUGCCGUGGUCGAGGAGGGACAAUACGCAGAAUGAGUCCAGUCCUCUCAUACCAAAGGUAAGGGGCUACUCGGCCAAAGAGGAUGCUGAGGAGCUCGGCUAUGUCACCAGUGAAUUGAAGCGGACAGGGACAAACAAUGGACAGGACCACGACAGCCCUGUAUUCUCAAGGAUCCAAACCUACUACAGAUAUUCAUUGAUGGACUAUUUCCUCAAAUAUUUCCUGUUCCUGUGUAACCUGGUGUUCACGGUUCUGGGCCUUGUGGUUCUUGGACUGGGGAUGUGGGGCCUCAUCACCAAAGAGUCAUUUGCCCAGGAGUCGAUCGGCAGCAUCGGCACCGACCCCAUGCUGAUACUCGUGGCUCUGGGCUUCGUGCUGACUGUGCUCUGCCUGUCCGGCUGUGUGGGCGCCCUGAGAGAGAACUGCUGCUUACUGAAGCUGUUCUCCAUCGCCGUGCUGGUGCUCAUCUCAGCCCAGGUGCUGGUGGCCAUCAUUGCCUACAGUCUCCAAGAUCAGAUCGGGAACUACCUGCGGUCAGGAAUGUUAACUGCCAUGGUGCGCUAUCAGGAUGACCUGGACCUGAGGUUCAUCACAGACGAGAUUCAGUCCAAUCUGCAGUGCUGUGGGGCGGAUAACUACCGUGACUGGGAAGUCAACAUAUAUUAUAACUGCUCAGCUCCAGGAGUGCUGGCCUGCGGUGUUCCUGCAACCUGCUGUGUGGACCCUCUGCAGAACGGCACAGUGUGGAACUCGCAGUGUGGCGUGGGAGCCCAGCUGCUCGAUGAGUUCACCGCUCAAAGUGUGAUCUUCCUGGGCGGAUGUCUGGGGGGGAUUUCUCGCUGGAUCGAGCAGCACAACGGCCUGAUAGGGACGGUCGCCGUCGUCGUACUCGGGGUCCAAAUUCUGACUCUGUUUGUGACUACGCGACUGCUGGAAAUCAUCCAGAGACAAAAAGUGUAUAUGUGA